AUGGUUGACGACUCAAAGAACGAAGAUUCUCAUAAUGCUGCAGUAUUCGAUAACGCAGACAUUGAUACAAAUAAAGUGGACAAGGCGUCAUUUUCUUCAUAUACCAUUACUUUAUACCUGGUGCGUCAAACCGAUUCGUCUAGUAAUUGGAAAAUUCAAGCUUUAUUUGAUCAUAAACAAAAAUAUAUAUUUGAAGAUAUUGCGCCUCUUAUUCGACCUGGGAAUGCUGCGCAUCGAUAUGAAGGUGCUCCACAUUUAUACCGUCUCCGAUUGGAUGUUCGCUUGUACGAUGAUGGACGAUUUUGUAUUAUACGUGAAAACAAACCCUACUACGUUAGUGCGUAUCGGUUACGCAUCUCUGAUGCAAUUCUUGGCAGUCGAAAUUUACAUUAUGAAAAUAGCACACCAUAUUCUCUCAAAGCUGAUAUAACUGUGCACGAUCACUUUUUAUUCGAUCCUAUAUUUGCCAAAUAUGCCUCCAUGAUAUCUCCUCCCGGAGGUGACAUAUCAUUUUGGGAAAGUCUAUGUAUUUUUUCAUACUUCAUAAUCAGUAUGAAAUCGUACGAAUUAUUCGAUCCAUUCAUUGGACAAUUCACAAGAGAAUUACAGGAAACAAAAAGAACAUUUUCAUAUGCGGACUUGGACCAGUUCUUCCGUUGUUGUCGUAAACAUUUUUCGGUCAUUGAGAAUGAAUGUAGGCAGAGCUUGCCUGCACUUAAAAUUCUUGUCUGUAUGAUAAAUCCUCUGCCAAUCAAACAAGAAAAUACGACAUAUGAAAAUGAAGCAGCUCGUGGAUUCACGUCAAUGAUUCUUGCCAUUUUGUCCGAAAAUCUUUUGAAUCUUUGGUCAACAAUCAAUACUACUGAGUGGCCUUCAUUUGCUGACGGCUUGAUAAAAUUAUGCGUUAUCAAUCUGCAUAUAUGUCAAAAGUCUAGAAAACAAAGCUUCGAUUGUUUGAAUUUAUUUUCCAUGUUACCUGAUGAAAUACGUCGACAAAAUUUAGUAAUCGAGCUUCUAACUUUGUUGAACGACUUACAAUAUACGCUACCCAAGGAUCAGGAUGCAGUUUUGUUUUCAUUGAUAGACCAAGACCAUCUUACACUAGAACACCUUGGAAUGGCAACAACUAUUGAAACUUAUAUCAGUUACCUUACUCAAUUUGUAAUAGCUCAUUCUGAUGAUCACAAUGAGCUACGAGUAAGGAUUCGGGAGCAACUUGCUAAACUUUUGAAGGAACACUAUUUUCCAAUGGAACUGACAGAUAUUGCAUUUCUUCUGAACUAUAUGAAUAGCCAGACAAAAGAAGGCGACGACGAGAUGAUCCAAGCGGCAACAAAAUUAAUCAAAUCUAUUUUUGAGACUAGUGCUACAGUACGCGAUACAGUUCAACAAAAGUUAUAUGAGAAAAAUCAUCACAUUUCAAUCGAUGAGUUUCCGCUUAUGCGAGACAUCAUUUUCCGUUCUUAUCAUCCAUACCUACUAUAUGGUUUUGACCGACAAAAGUAUUUGUCACGUAUGCUUAGUCGUCGAGAUGAUCUACAAACGGAUUAUUUUACCGUUUGGCUUCAAUUUUUUUUAUGUGAACCGGAUGCGAUUUGGAUUGAUUAUAAAACGCUCAUUAUACAAUGGACAAACUGUCUUAUUCAUAAUCAGGAAUUAUUCUCAAAUGUUGUCAAAAAAAUGGACCCGCUUAUUGAACUCUGGAUAAAUGGUGCGCCAAACGAUCAGGAUCGCACAACAUUUUUUGUUACAUAUAUGGCAAAUAAAUGUUUUAAUCAAGGUAACAUUUUCAGUUUACUCAAAACCAGUCUCUACCCAGUGAAAAAUCCCCAAUUUAUUCAAAUAUUUAAAAACAAAUUCCACACAGAUGAAGUCACAACUAAAACACACUAUCUGCGCGACAUGAAAAGUUUUCACAAUCCGCUAGUCCAGUUGAUAAACAUCGAUAAGCAACAUAAGCAGCAAAGUAUACUCAUCAGAGAAUUGAUUGCUCACACAGUAUCAUCAAUCAAAAUAACUGUUGAGACCAUUUGGAAUGAUGCCUUUGUAUCCCCAACUCAAGAUGGCUUGAUAUAUGCUAUUCUCUUUGAUCCAUCAUUAAAGAAAUGUCCAGCUUACGAACGAAUAAUCCGAUAUUUAGCCUCGAAAUGGCAGAAAUGGAAGCUAAAUGGUUGCUCAGCCCAUAACGUGUGGACAUGGGAAGGCUAUUCUGCGGAGCAGAAAACUGUUGUUCGUAAAAUAUGGACCUUAGUUAUUCAUGCGUCUGGAGAAAAAGGCACUUUAGAAGCAGUUUUAGAUGCAACUCGCCAAGAUAUGCAAGCUAAACUAGAAACAAAUAAGAAAAUAGUAACAUGUCUCAACGGAUAUUGCCAACAUGGAUGUGAUAAGGAUAUAUAUCUCAGUCAAAUAAAAAAUUGGGAAGAUCGUUUUCAACGAGAUGCUGUUAAAUCAGUUCAGAUACCAAAACAGUUGCAGGAUAUUAUACCAUUUGCUGAAACACUCAAUCCAUUAAUAAAUGUACAUUGCUGGCGGGUGUAUCUCAAUAGUGAAACAGCAACUAGUGUUCAACGGUCUGAAGAAGCAGAGAAUGAAUGGCGCAUGGGAGAUAACUCGUUCUUAAGAAGUAGUUUACUAUAUCUCAAUGAUAAAGAGGUUGAUAUUCCAUGUGCUACAACAGAAGCGAAAAAUAAAAAUUGUUUGGAUAUUCUUGAGGAAGUUAUUCGAUGUUUUAAACAGUUUGUUGACGGAAUACGUCGGAUAUGCACUUCACUUCAACAUAUUCCAGUUAAACAUAUUCUUCAGCUCUUUUCUAGUAUCCAGCAUGCUGAAAAUGAUCUUGAAUUACUUAAACCAUUCCUUGAUCCAAAAGCUCAACAACAACUUGUUUGCAUUCUGUCAUUUUGCAAGAGUUCAGUACAAAUUCGACAUGUUUGUAUUGGCUUGGAACAACUGCACAGCAAGCUAUCAAUUGCCUACGAUUCAACAUUGUUUGCUGCUAUUCUCACCGUUACCGAAAGUACAACAGGCGAAGAGUGUACUUCAAUUUAUGAAGAAUACCGAAAACAAAUAAAAGAACACUUUUCUGACAACAUACUUACGUUCAUUUCUUAUUACAGUUCGUCUUCGGAUCUUUUCGAAUUUCUUCAUUCUCUUACAGCAGAUGAUAUUUAUAAUUUACAAGAGGCAGUCAAUGAUUGGGAUGAAACAUUAGUCAAUACAAAGACUGUGUUUGAUUUUGCAAUUGUUAAAACCUUCAUUGAUCGUUCUUACGAAGCUAUAUGCGUUAAACAACAGCAAUUGAAAGAUCAACCAUUUCAACUCAAACUUCUUAAUAAUUGUUUCGCAGAAGUGUGGAAAAAUGAUCAAUUCAAAGAUUUACUCAAAUGUCUUGAGUCAUCAUCUCUUUCUGUUACAAGUAUCAAACGUAUUCAUUUAGAAUUAACCGAUAAAGAACAAUCGAAACGACGUCAAAUUGUGGAUAUUUUGCAAAAAUCGACGAUCUGUUUUGUACGCAUUUUGCAUUAUGAUGCGACUUUUGACGUCAAUGUGGAACUUCCACCUGGUCAAACAACUACUACUGACACAAAGAAACGAGCAAAACUGCUUUUGGCUGAUAUCAGUGAACUUCGUGAUCGUGCACGUCUUCUUGAAUAUUCGAGCAAUGUUAAUAAUAGAAAAAAAUCACAAGCUGACAGUGAACAUGAAAAAGAACGAUUACAAAAUUUUGUUGAAUUUGCAGCUCUAAUCGAAUCCACUAUUGAAUAUUUAACAAAUUUGUAUACAUCAGGUCAUCCAUCCGUUGGUAAUUUUCUCCAGGGUACAAAAUCGUUUCUAUGUAUUGAUGGGAAAUAUGAUGAAUUGCAACAAGAUAACACGAAGCUAACUAUUUUGCUCAAAGAUUGGGAGACAAACCUAUGCAAUAUGUAUGAGACACACAUUAGUUUAACUUAUUUUUCUGAUGAUCAGUUUUGGCAAAUUGAGGAUUAUAUCUAUCGUCGUUCAUCGUUAGCUGAUCCCGGUUAUCAUUUGCUGAAAUAUAUCGGUAUUGAGCCAGAGUCGAUUGCCCGACCGCAUGAGAAACUACAGAAUCCUAAAGAACGAUUAGAAAAUCUUGGNAGUGCUACAGUACGCGAUACAGUUCAACAAAAGUUAUAUGAGAAAAAUCAUCACAUUUCAAUCGAUGAGUUUCCGCUUAUGCGAGACAUCAUUUUCCGUUCUUAUCAUCCAUACCUACUAUAUGGUUUUGAUCGACAAGAGUAUUUGUCACGAAUGCUUAGUCGUCGAGAUGAUCUAAAAACGGAUUAUUUUAUCGUUUGGCUUCAAUUUUUUUUAUGUGAACCGGAUGCGAUUUGGAUUGAUUAUAAAACGCUCAUUAUACAAUGGACAAACUGUCUUAUUUAUAAUCAGGAAUUAUUCUCAAAUGUUAUCAAAAGAAUGGAUCCGCUUAUUGAACUCUGGAUAAAUGGCGCGCCAAACGAUCAGGAUCGCACAACAUUUUUUGUUACAUAUAUGGCAAAUACAUGUUUUAAUCAAGGUAACAUCUUCAGUUUACUCAAAACCAGUCUCUACCCAGUGAAAAAUUCCCAAUUUAUUCAAAUAUUUAAAAACAAAUUCCACACAGAUGAAGUCACAACUAAAACACGCUAUCUGCACGACAUGCAAAGUUCUCACAAUCCACUGGUCCAGUUGAUAAACAUUGAUAAGCAACAUAAGCAGCAAAGUAUACUCAUAAAAGAAUUGAUUGCUCACACAGUAUCAUCAAUCAAAAUAACUGACGAGACUAUUUGGAAUGAUGCCUAUAUAUUCCCAACUCAAGACGGCUUGAUAUAUGCUAUUCUCUUUGAUCCAUCAUUAAAGAAAUGUCCAGCUUACGAACAAAUAAUCCAAUAUUUAGCCUCGGUAUGGCAAAAGUGGAAGCUAAAUGGUUGCUCAGCCCGUAACGUGUGGACAUGGGAAGGUUAUUCUUCGGAGGAGAAAACUGUUGUUCGUAAAAUAUGGACCUUAGUUAUUCAUGCGUCUGGAGAAAAAGGCACUUUAGAAGCAGUUUUAGAUGCAACUCGCCAAGAUAUGCAAGCUAAACUAGAAACAAAUAAGAAAAUAGUAACAUGUCUCAACGAAUAUUGCCAACAUGGAUGUGAUAAGGAUAUAUAUCUCAGUCAAAUAAAAAAUUGGCAAGAUCGUUUUCAACGAGAUGCUGUCAAAUCAGUUCAGAUUCCAAAAGAGUUGCAGGAUAUUAUACCAUUUGCUGAAAAACUCAAUCCAUUAAUAAAUGUACAUUGCUGGCGGGUGUAUCUCAAUAGUGAACCAACAACUAGUGUUCAACGGUCUGAAGAAGCUGAGAAUGAAUGGCGCAUGGGAGAUAAGUCACUCUUAAGAAGUAGUUUACUAUAUCUCAAUGAUAAAGAGGUUGAUAUUCCAUGCGCAACAACAGAAGCGAAAAAUAAAAAUUGUUUGGAUAUUCUUGAGGAAGUUAUUCGAUGUUCUGAACAGUUUGUUGACAGAAUACGUCGAAUAUGCACUUCACUUCAACGUAUUCCAGUUAAACAUAUUCUUCAGCUCUUUCCUAGUAUCCAGCAUGCUGAAAAUGAUCUUGAAUUACUUAGACCAUUCCUUGAUCCAAAAGCUCAACAACAACUUGUUUGCAUUCUGUCAUUUUGCAAGAGUUCAGUACAAAUUCGGCAUGUUUGUAUUGGCUUGGAACAACUGCACAGCAAGCUAUCAAUUGCCUACGAUGCAACAUCGUUUGCUGCUAUUCUCACCGUUACCGAAAGUACAACAGGCGAAGAGUGUGCUUCAAUUUAUGAAGAAUACCGAAAACAAAUAAAAGAACACUUUUCUGACAACGUACUUACAUUCAUUUCUUAUUACAGUUCGUCUUCGGAUCUUUUCGAAUUUCUUCAUUCUCUUACAGCAGAUGAUAUUUACAAUUUACAAGAGGUAGUCAAUGAUUGGGAUGAAACAUUAGUCAAUACAAAGACUGUGUUUGAUUUUGCAAUUGUUAAAAACUUCAUUGAUCGUUCUUACGAAGCUAUAUGCAUUAAACAACAGCAAUUGAAAGAUCAACCAUUUCAACUCAAACUUCUUAAUGAUUGUUUCGCAGAAGUGUGGAAAAAUGAUCAAUUCAAAGAUUUACUCAAAUGUCUUGAGUCAUCAUCUCUUUCUGUUUCAAGUAUCAAACGUAUUCAUUUAGAAUUAACCGAUAAAGAACAAUCGAAACGACGUCAAAUUGCGGAAAUUUUGCAAAAAUCAACUAUCUGUUUUGUACGCAUUUUGCAUUAUGAUGCGACUUUUGACGUCAAUGUGGAACUUCCACCUAGUCAAACAACUACUACUGACACAAAGAAACGAGCAAAACUGCUUUUGGCUGAUAUUAGUGAACUUCGUGAUCGUGCACGUCUUCUUGAACAUUCGAGCAAUGUUAAUAAUAGAAAAAAAUCACAAGCUGACAGUGAACAUGAAAAAGAACGAUUACAAAAUUUUGUUGAAUUUGCAGCUCUAAUCGAAUCCACUAUUGAACAUUUAACAAAUUUGUAUACAUCAGGCCAUCCAUCCGUUGGUAAUUUUCUCCAGGGUACAAAAUCGUUUCCAUGUAUUGAUGGGAAAUAUGAUGAAUUGCAACAAGAUAACAAGAAGCUAACUAUUUUGCUCAAAGAUUGGGAGACAAACCUAUGUAAUAUGUAUGAGACACACAUUAGUUUAACUUAUUUUUCUGAUGAUCAGUUUUGGCAAAUUGAGGAUUAUAUCUAUCGUCGUUCAUCGUUAGCUGAUCCCGGUUAUCAUUUGCUGAAAUAUAUCGGUAUUGAGCCAGAGUCGAUUGCCCGACCGCAUGAGAAACUACAGAAUCCUAAAGAACGAUUAGAAAAUCUUGGNAAAGAUUGGGAGACAAACCUAUGCAAUAUGUAUGAGACACACAUUAGUUUAACUUAUUUUUCUGAUGAUCAGUUUUGGCAAAUUGAGGAUUAUAUCUAUCGUCGUUCAUCGUUAGCUGAUCCCGGUUAUCAUUUGCUGAAAUAUAUCGGUAUUGAGCCAGAGUCGAUUGCCCGACCGCAUGAGAAACUACAGAAUCCUAAAGAACGAUUAGAAAAUCUUGGCAAUUUACUUGCUCAAAAACAACGAAUCAACAAUCAACAAGCUAAUUCGGCAAUGAAAAAAUGUCUUCUUGUUGAAACAACAUCUGAAGGCGUUCUUCGCGCUAUUCUUUCAUUAUUUGAUCUAACUUCGACUACACCAUCGGUUUGCCGUAUUUUCUAUUGCCAAACACGAACGAAUUGGAUUCAAAUGCGUGCCUUUAUCUAUCGUUGCUUCUACUCGAAUUCAUUUCAUCAACUCAUUCGACCUGAACUUCUCUCACAAUCAAUCCAGGAUCAGGCCGUUCGUCUGUUACACUCAUUGAUGGGACAACGGCCUCAUCAGAUGUUUCGAAUCGGUAUUGUGACAACUUCAGCACCAGCAGAACAACAAAUAAUCAAUGGUCUUCAAUCCAUGCGAAUUCUUACCUUCUUACGUGAUCAUGAAUUACUUAGUAAUAGUGAUUUUCGUACAAAGUUACAGUGCGCAAUUCAAGGUUGUCUAUUAGUUACGUCACGAAUAACUGGCUUAGGAAAAUCAGUUCGUAUUCGUAAGGAGGUUGAAUUGUUGAAGAAGAAGUAUGUGAAGUUUCCUAUUUCUGGCGAUUAUGAUGUUGACAUAUUAGCGAAAAGACUUCGUUCAAAAUAUUCUCAACUUCAGUCAGCUGCCAUUCACUUCGAUAUCGGUACCGUUGACGAUAGCCAACAACUGAAUGAAAUUCUUUAUUGUUUGCUUCUUUUCAAAAGUUUUCGAUUUGGUCAAGUAGCUGUGGCAAUCCCUGCAGAUACUCUCAUAUAUGUCGAAAUUGAUGCAUCGUAUCAAUCAACUCUGGUCGAUAUUCCACUUUUUCGACACAUUACACAAUCAGAGAAUAUCGAUGAUGUUGAUUGGACUAUUCUCGAUGUAGACAAGCCCGAGAUUCAAACCGUGGCCAAUUAUUUACAAUUGAUCGAAAAUAAAAGCAUUGUAACGCAGAACAUAGAUUCUAAGAUUUUCAAGAAAUUAGACAUAAACAUGUGUUCUCAUCUUAUUCGCGACCAUUUUCUUAAGAACAAGGAUGAGCGUUUUAUCACAUGGACCCAACUAUCGAUUUACAUUGCGGUGUUCUAUCGUCUAUUUACAGGUUUUUCUCGUUGUGGUUAUUUUCUUGUUCAAUAUGUUCCCCAGUCAAAACUUCGUAUGGAUCUUAUUCAAACUUUACUUCAAUCUUCGAACCAAUUUACCUCAAUUUCAGUCGAAAAUGUCCGGAAACAACAACGAUCUAUCGGCAAUGAUCAAUUAGUAUCAUACAGUGACGCUAUUGUUCGUUGGGAUAAAAUUCAGCCAUUUAUGAUGAUCCUUACAGCUACUGACGAGCCAUUAUUUAUUUAUAAGCAAACAACUCAUAUUCCCCGUGCACUUAUUGAUUAUUUCGCAAUAUAUUAUCGAGAAUCGAAGCAAAAUCGGAAUAUAACCGUAGAUACCAUGUUCCCUGACUACAACAAACUUACACACACAGAUUUCUUUAUUAAAUUAGCUUCACUUUCGAGAAAAUAUUUCAAUAAGUCGAUUUGUUCGGCAUGCUUUCGACAGUACGAAUAUCAGGAAAAACAAUGUCUCAAAUGUUCCGGAAAAGAUUUGCUUUAUCGACCUCGAACAUUCGAUUACAAUGACGUACUGAAUUUUCAAAGUAGUAUCGCAGAGAAACUACGAAAUGAAUACGUUCUAACUCCAGACAACUUCGUCAAAAUGCUUAUGAUUUACAUGCGAGUACAAAGUAAUAUUCCUGUGUUAAUUAUGGGCGAAACAGGUAAAGCGAAGUGUUCAUUGCAACAUACAUUCGUUGAAAGACCUUAUUUUGUAGGUUGUGGUAAAACAGCUCUGAUCCAAUUCUUAUGUGAGAAAAUGUUGGACGAUGAUCUGAGAGUGUUNCGAAAUGAAUACGUUCUAACUCCAGACAACUUCGUCAAAAUGCUUAUGAUUUACAUGCGAGUACAAAGUAAUAUUCCUGUGUUAAUUAUGGGCGAAACAGGUAAAGCGAAGUGUUCAUUGCAACAUACAUUUGUUGAAAGACCUUAUUUUGUAGGUUGUGGUAAAACAGCUCUGAUCCAAUUCUUAUGUGAGAAAAUGUUGGACGAUGAUCUGAGAGUGUUCCAUAUUCAUGCAGGUGUUGACUUGAAACAAAUCAUCACAACUGUGAAAGAUUAUACAACACAAGCUGAGCAAUUGCAAGUUAAAAAUAAACGUUUGUGGAUUUUCUUUGACGAAUUUAAUACAACAAGUAAUAUUGGUUUACUCAAAGAAAUCGUGUGUGAAAGGACUCUUCUUGGCGAAGCUUUGCCUUCCAAUAUGGUUUUCUUAGGCGCUUGCAAUCCACGCCGUACCAAAACAUUAAAAAUUCAACUCAACGACGAUGCUCAUAUAGGAUUGAGAAAAACUCGUUACGAAAUGCAAGAACGUCUUUGGGCUGGUGCAAAUCGAUGUCUUUUAUAUACCGUUGUACCGAUACCCGAGACAAUGCUUGAAUACAUCUGGGAUUACGGACAUUUGAAUGAAGCAACAGAGAGAGCCUAUAUUGAAACAAUGUUAAAUGUAUGCAAUGGUUUAUCUUGCAACUCGAUCUUAUUAAGACUUACUGUUGAUCUUCUUAUUGCAUCUCACAAUCAUUUUCGUGAUGUCGAAGAUACUAGUAGUGUAAGCUUGAGAGAUAUUGCACGCUUUUGUCGACUUUACAAUUGGUUUUUUCAUUCAUUGAAUGAACGUGCAGCUACAAAUGACUCAAAAGAAAGACCAAGCUUUUCUCAUCGGGCCAGUUUCAUUGCAUUACUAUUCUGUUACUAUUUCCGAUUACGUUCUGUGAAACUGAAGGAGAUUUAUAUUGAUAAAAUGCAAGAAAUCAUCACUAAGCAAUAUCCUGAUCUAAAUAAAGUGCCGAACUAUUUAACUGAGAACAUCCUUCAAUGUGAACAAAUGCAAUUAAUCGAUGAGAAAAUGGAAUUGCCAUCGGGUACAGCGUUCAAUCGUGCGUUACGUGACAAUAUAUUUGUUCUCUUUGCUUGUAUUCUCAAUCGUAUACCCGUUUUCUUAUGUGGAAAGCCUGGUAGUAGUAAAUCAUCAGCAAUUCAGAUCCUAAUAAGUAACCUUCGUGGAAGAAAUUCCAAGGAUCCAUAUUUUCAAACUUUACCUGAACUUGUGGCUGUGUCUUUUNACGUUCUAACUCCAGACAACUUCGUCAAAAUGCUUAUGAUUUACAUGCGAGUACAAAGUAAUAUUCCUGUGUUAAUUAUGGGCGAAACAGGUAAAGCGAAGUGUUCAUUGCAACAUACAUUCGUUGAAAGACCUUAUUUUGUAGGUUGUGGUAAAACAGCUCUGAUCCAAUUCUUAUGUGAGAAAAUGUUGGACGAUGAUCUGAGAGUGUUUCAUAUUCAUGCAGGUGUUGACUUGAAACAAAUCAUCACAACUGUGAAAGAUUAUAUAACACAAGCUGAGCAAUGUCAAGUUAAAAAUAAACGUUUGUGGAUUUUCUUUGACGAAUUUAAUACAACAAGUAAUAUUGGUUUACUCAAAGAGAUCAUGUGUGAAAGGACUCUUCUUGGCGAAGCUUUGCCUUCCAAUAUGGUUUUCUUAGGCGCUUGCAAUCCACGUCGUACCAAAACAUUAAAAAUUCAACUCAACGACGAUGCGUAUAUCGGAUUGAGAAAAACUCGUUACGAAAUGCAAGAACGUCUUUGGGCUGGUGUAAAUCGACGUCUUUUAUAUACCGUUGUACCGAUACCCGAGACAAUGCUUGAAUAUAUCUGGGAUUACGGACAUUUGAAUGAAGCAACAGAGAGAGCCUAUAUCGAAACAAUGUUAAAUGUAUGCAAUGGUUUAUCUCGCGACUCGAUCUUAUUAAGACUUACUGUCGAUCUUCUUAUUGCAUCUCACAAUCAUUUUCGUGAUGUCGAAGAUACUAGUAGUGUAAGCUUGAGAGAUAUUAAACGCUUUUGUCGACUUUACAAUUGGUUUUUUCAUUCAUUGAAUGAACGUGCAGCUACAAAUGACCUAAAAGAAAGAUCAAGCUUUUCUCAUCGGGCCAGUUUCAUUGCAUUACUAUUCUGUUACUAUUUCCGAUUACGCUCUGUGAAAAUGAAGGAGAUCUAUAUUGAUAAAAUGCAAGAAAUCAUCACUAAGCAAUAUCCUGAUCUAAAUAAAGUGUCGAACUAUUUAGCUGAGAACAUCCUUCAAUGUGAACAAAUGCAAUUAAUCGAUAAGAAAAUGGAAUUGCCAUCGGGUACAGCGUUCAAUCGUGCGUUACGUGACAAUAUAUUUGUUCUCUUUGCUUGUAUUCUCAAUCGUAUACCCGUUUUCUUAUGUGGAAAGCCUGGUAGUAGUAAAUCAUCAGCAAUUCAGAUCCUAAUAAGUAACCUUCGCGGAAGAAAUUCCAAGGAUCCAUAUUUUCAAACUUUACCUGAACUUGUGGCUGUGUCUUUUNAGAAAAUGGAAUUGCCAUCGGGUACAGCGUUCAAUCGUGCGUUACGUGACAAUAUAUUUGUUCUCUUUGCUUGUAUUCUCAAUCGUAUACCCGUUUUCUUAUGUGGAAAGCCUGGUAGUAGUAAAUCAUCAGCAAUUCAGAUCCUAAUAAGUAACCUUCGUGGAAGAAAUUCCAAGGAUCCAUAUUUUCAAACUUUACCUGAACUUGUGGCUGUGUCUUUUCAGGGUUCACAAAAUUGUACUUCGGAAAGCAUUAUCAAAGUAUUCGAGCGUGCAUCAAACUAUUCUCGAGUGAAGAGUAAAGAAGAACUGUUGCCGGUGAUUGUGUUCGAUGAGAUCGGCUUGGCUGAACUUUCGCCACAUAAUCCAUUAAAAGUUCUACAUGCUGAACUCGAGGUAGAAAACAAUCAAUACGGCUUUGUUGGCAUCUCUAAUUGGCGUCUUGAUGCAUCGAAAAUGAAUCGAGCACUGUACCUUUCUGCACCAGAACCAACUGUCGAGGAUCUUGAAUUGACUGGAAAAACUAUCUGUGCCAGUAUGCAAUCUCAACCUGGCGGACGAACGAUUCAACUUGAUGAACUUAUUAUCAAAAGUCUUUCUCAAGGCUAUUAUGACCUUCGCGAAAAUUUGAAAGAGACACAAGCGGAUCAUGAAAAUUAUUUCGGUCUUAGGGAUUAUUACUCAUUAAUCAAAAGUAUUGUUCGUGAGUUGAUGUCAACUGGCAAUACGGAAGAUGUUUAUAAAAUCAUUCGGCAACAGCUAAAAGCAAACUUUGACGGGGUUCUCGAUGGAUCAUUAUUGUUAUGGGAACAUUUUUGUGAAUAUAUCAAUCAACGAACACUUUUAAAUGAAUAUAACUGUCCGUCAUUCAAUCUACUUCUCGAUCAUACGCUUAGCAAUCGUGCCGGCCGGUACCUUAUGCUUAUCGGUGACAGUGAAAGUACGAUUGAUUACGUUGAACGUUUCAUAUAUAUUAAUCAACAAAAGCGUCAUAUAGGAGUACGAACACUCGUUGGUAGUUCGUUUGCAGGUGAUCUUCUAUCCGGUAACACAUAUACUGAACAAUAUAACUAUCGUGUUUUGAUGGAUGUGAUUCUUUAUGCUGAAACUAACAUAACUUUAAUCAUGAGACAGAUGGGUCAUGUUUAUGAUAAUCUCUAUGAUUUAUUUAAUCAAAAUUUUGCAGUAUCAGCAAGAAAAAAAUACUGUCGGAUUGCAUUAGGUCCACUGUAUCAUCCACGAUGUCUUGUUCAUGAUGAUUUUUAUUGUGUGGUUUUUAUUCAUAAACGAGAUUUAGACAAAUGUGACCCACCAUUUCUAAAUCGCUUCGAGAAACAUUUAAUUGANAUGAGACAGAUGGGUCAUGUUUAUGAUAAUCUCUAUGAUUUAUUUAAUCAAAAUUUUGCAGUAUCAGCAAGAAAAAAAUACUGUCGGAUUGCAUUAGGUCCACUGUAUCAUCCACGAUGUCUUGUUCAUGAUGAUUUUUAUUGUGUGGUUUUUAUUCAUAAACGAGAUUUAGACAAAUGUGACCCACCAUUUCUAAAUCGCUUCGAGAAACAUUUAAUUGACAUUGAAGCAUUGAUUCAUCGACGACACAAAUCAAUUAAAAUGGAAUUGGAUAGUUGGGUUGAUACAUUGUUACCAAAAAACAUCGGCAAUCAUUUCCCUUUAUUACAACAUUUAUUUGUGAAUUAUAGUCAAGACCAAAUUUGUAAUCUUGUUAUUGAAACAUUCGAAGAACUGAAUGUAUCUCUCGACAGUCAAGAAACUGAUGAAGACCGUCGAUAUAUUCUAAGCACAUGUCAGGCUAAACUAUUACGUACGAGUUCAUUUGAUUUACCUCUUGCUCUGUCUCUUCAACCAAAUCCAGAAAAUCAACAAUUGAUCGAACAAUACUAUGAUACUCAUCAAAAGAUUAGUUUUACGCAAUUAAUGGGAGAUUUUUCGACAAAUUCAGUAAAUUCUUCUCCUCGUAUAAUAUACACUUAUACCCAAAUCUACCAUGAACUUCACGCCUUGCCUGACUAUGUCGAAGAAGUUAAGUUGAGUACAUUCAAAACUGAACUUGAGCUAGCAAAGCAAAUCAAACGGCAUUAUCAAGCAACGUCAAAUAUUCGUCUUCUUCUUAUUCGUGUUGAUUAUCAUAGUGAACAUAAACAUAUUCUCUCAUUGAAACAUGUUCUACUCAAUGAACGCACAUCAACAACUAAUCGUGGCGUUUGGCUUAUAUUUCAUUUGCAACGAAACUUGCUAAAUCAAAUCACCAAUGAUGUCGUAUUCAAUAACUGGCCCAAAGACAUGAUCGAUGAUUUAAAUAAACAUAUGUUCAUUCCAUUGACGACACUCAGCAAUCCAUCAUACUUUGAUCUUGUCUUUCAAGCUGAAUAUGUUCUUUCUGAAUGUAUAUUUGACGAUCUGGUUGAUAAAUGUUUAGCAAAAGUUCGAUAUACUGCGACACAUAAAGACGACGAACAACGAAUCAAUAAACGACGUCAUUUGAUCUUCCAACAACUAACGCAGCAGAAUUUUAAUAAUAACGAACUUCAUCUUCGUUCAAUUGUCGAGAAUAGUUUACUAAUAUUAAUACAAAAUUCGAAAUCGCUAAACAAUACACGUUUCAAUGAUUGGCGAGUUGAUCUUCUAACAAACGGAUUCAUCACUGCAGGUUCACGUUCAUUUAGCGAUGCGUUUCAAGCAACGCUAUCAACAUUUUAUGAAGCUCAUCUUUUGCUACUAUUAGCGCAUCUUGAGCAGAAUAACUUAAUCCAUGCGUAUUACUUUCUUUCAAAUGUGAAUGAUCCGAAAGUUCGAACACGUUUAUCCAAGCUCUGGCAAGAAUGUUUCGACCGCGUAAUAGAAAAUAUCGAUUGGACGGUGAUGAAUCGUGAUGUCAUUGAAGUUCAAUUGGAUUUCAAUGUGAAACUGCCUUGUGCAGCGAUGGAAUAUGAAAAUAUUCGCGCGAUUCGUGGAAACCUUCAACAAUUCGACGAUGAUAAUACUACUACCUAUAAUUCCAUUCGUUUCGCUAUUGAGCAACUGAAGACAGCGAGCAUCUACGGUGAAGAUUUCAUAAAACUCGUUUUUGAUGAUAAGCAAUUAUUUAAAUAUUACUUCUAUGACCAAAUUGCAUUCCAUUUGAAUGAAACAAAUAUUCAUCUGUCAUCAGAACUAGCAUAUAUUUUGUUAACGAGUAAUUCAACACGAUCGUUAGAAGAGUAUGCAGGAGUUUUUCUUGCUCAACACGCUGAAUUUACCGAUGUUCUUCGCCUAUUUGAAAUCGGCUUACAUCUAAUCAAUGAAGAUGAAAUUCGUUUCGAAGUUGAAAAACAAUUCAUCGAAAAUCCUAUUGGUGAAAUCAAACCUUCGAAAUUCUAUUCCCUUGUCAUAGCUAAUCAACAAUUCUAUCAAUUACCACCCAAAGCCACACAUAUUGACGAGAAAUGGAUCUUUAAAUGUCAAGGUGAUCCAAUGAUUGAAACAAGUUUGAUGAAUCUAGUCGAAUUGAUUCUCUCAUCAGCAACUAUUGAUCGUGUGCGAAGUAUUGAAGAGAUCACAACUACAUAUAGUUUAAUAGCACACGGCAUUUAUAGUUUAUCAUCGUAUUUAGUUGACAAUCUGGAAAAACUUCGAACGUUCAUUGGUCUUGUACGAUGUCUGACAGCUUUACUAUCAGACAGGGCACUCGAUGCUUUCAAAGAUGCUUGUAGACGAGGCUUUGAUGGUGAAUUUGAAUCAUGUCGCGCAAUUGACGAUUUUAUCGGCCAAUUGCGAAGAUUGAUUCAAGAGGAAAAUUCCAAGGUUGAUACGAAUGCCAGCAACCAAGCACUGGCCAAAUUAGAAGUCGAAUUUUUGAAAAAUUGGCUAGCUGACAAUGGCGAUUCGUAUGGCGACGUUCUCGUUUUGUUGAGCCAAAAUGAUAGUGAACUUUGGCAAUAUUCCGCAAAGAUUCUUACGUAUAUUGACCGGAAGCUUGAUCUACUAUCAACAUUGAAAGAAAACCAUGGAAAACUAACUUUCGAUGAAGAUUACGAACAGUUCAAUCAAUCGUUAGAGCAAAGCAAUAAAUUACAACAAUUAGUACUUAACCGACUUCACAUGCACUUGAUGAGAGAUGCUCCAGGAAGUGAAAUCGAUCAACAAUUAGUCGAACAUUAUCAAUCUUUUGAAGAACAUUUACGUGAAAUUCAAAGUAUUGACAAAGUAAAUACCAUCGAAUUGAUUGCUACAAUUGCUUGGAUUAAAUAUUACGUGCAAAUCUAUGCUUUUGCUUUGAACAAUGGCAGCCAAGAAAACGUCUUACAUAGAAUCGAUCAAUUAUUAACAAAUAUUAAUACUCGAUUUGAACUAGCAUAUAUUUUGUUAACGAGUAAUUCAACACGAUCGUUAGAAGAGUAUGCAGGAGUAUUUCUUGCUCAACACGCUGAAUUUACCGAUGUUCUUCGCCUAUUUGAAAUCGGCUUACAACUAAUCAAUGAAGAUGAAAUUCGUUUCGAAAUUGAAAAACAAUUCAUCGAAAAUCCUAUUGGUGAAAUCAAACCUUCGAAAUUCUAUUCCCUUGUCAUAGCUAAUCAACAAUUCUAUCAAUUACCACCCAAAGCCACACAUAUUGACAAGAAAUGGAUCUUUAAAUGUCAAGGUGACCCAAUGAUUGAAACAAGUUUGAUGAAUCUAGUCGAAUUGAUUCUCUCAUCAGCAUCUAUUGAUCGUGUGCGGAGUAUUGAAGAGAUCACAACUACAUAUAGUUUAAUAGCACACGGCAUUUAUAGUUUAUCAUCGUACUUAGUUGACAAUCUGGAAAAACUUCGAACGUUCAUUGAUCUUGUACGAUGUCUGGCAGCUUUACUACCAGACAGGGCACUCGAUGCUUUCAAAGAUGUUUGUAGACGAGGCUUUGAUGGUGAAUUUGAAUCAUGUCGCGCGAUUGACGAUUUUAUCGGUCAAUUACGAAGAUUGAUUCAAGAGGAAAAUUCCCACGUUGAUACGAAUGUCAGCAACCAAAGACUGGUCAAAUUAGAAGUCGAAUUUUUGAAAAAUUGGCUAGCUGACAAUGGCGAUUCGUAUGGCGACGUUCUCGUUUUGUUGAGCCAAGAUCAUAGUGAACUUUGGCAAUAUUCCGCAAAGAUUCUCACGUAUAUUGACCGGAAGCUUGAUCUACUAUCAACAUUGAAAGAAAACCAUGGAAAAUUAACUUUUGAUGAAGAUUACGAACAGUUCAAUCAAUCGUUAGAGCAAAGCAAUAAAUUACAACAAUUAGUAGUCAACCGACUUCACAUGCAUUUGAUGAGAGAUGCUCCAGGAAGUGAAAUCGAUCAACAAUUAGUCGAACAUUAUCAAUCUUUCGAAGAACAUUUACGUGAAAUUCAAAGUGUUGACAAAGUAAAUACCAUCGAAUUGAUUGCUACAAUUGCUUGGAUUAAAUAUUACGUGCAAAUCUAUGCUUUUGCUUUGAACAAUGGCAGCCAAGAAAACGUCUUACAUAGAAUCGAUCAAUUAUUAACAAAUAUUAAUACUCGAUUUGGUUCGACGAUUCAAUUAUUUGCUCUCAAACAGCUUUUACUGAUAGCUGGAGUUGAUCUCAAUACUUUACACGAACAAUACGUGAAUCGGAAUAUUAUUUGGAUUAAAGGACUUCUUCAACAUCAAAGAGAUCAACAAGCACAAAAUGUUCGUCGGCGUCUGAUUUUACCAACUCCUCUCUUCGAAUGUCAACAAGAAUUCCGACGAACGAGUGAAAUUCUUAGUGCUAUAAAUAAACAUAACGAGCUAAAACAACUUAUCAUCGCAUACGGUUCGUCACAAAAGUUUAGUUAUGCACUUUUUAUGUGGUUUAUUCAGUACUAUUGUCGUUUUCUUCAGUCAAAUGUAGAAGUUGAUCGUGCAUUUGUUCAACUGAUCGAGCAUGAUGUCAGUCAAGAAUUGCUACGUUGUUUCACUCCUUUAGGCCAUAAAUAUUUGAUUGCAUUAUGUUCAAACUUUUCGAACGACUCGUAUUUUCGUCUACGAGCCGAUAUGAAUUUGAAUGACAUCCACAAACGUUUAAUGGCUCUGAAUAUUGUUGCCGUAUUCAUCUCAUUCCGAUCGCUAUCUGAAAUCACUUUACUAGGUAGCAUUUUAUUUAAUCAGCAGCGACAAAUGCCAACUAGUUAUAUUCAACAUUUGUCGAAUGUCUGUUUACCUGGCAUGACUGUCUGUGAUCCGGCGAUAACACAAAUGAUGGAUGUACGCACUCAAGUUCAAGAUCGUCUUGAACGAGGUGUUAUUCAUCCUGGCGGAAGAUUCAUUUUUCAAUGUUCGAAGGAAUGUCUGUGGAUAUUUAUUUUUCAAAAUUGCGGCGUUCCUAAUGACCGACAUAUUUGUCCUCUAUGCGGAAAACCCAUUGGUGCUGAACGAUACAACGUUCUUAUUCAACGUGAUCCUCCUCAAAUAAAAAUGCCUAUUGACGAAGGUCUUCGGCUCAUUAAUCAGCAUAUCGAUGAAUACAAUCGAACGACUCGUUUAGGAUAUCACAAUGUCAAAGCUGCCGAAACAAGUCUUAUAGGAGAAAAACCAGAUCAUCUGAAUCGUCCCAUAUCAUUCCGUUUUGUGCAUUUCUUAACGCAUGGUCUUCUUCUCUUUCUUGAUGAUGCUAAUUACUUAACUGCAGAUGAUGUACAACAACGUUUAAAAUUACCAUCUCGUACGCAUUUUCGCGAUCAUUUCGAAAAAGAUUACGAGCUACUUGCUCAAUCAUCAAUAGACAAUCAACAAUGCUACAUUUGGAUAUACAAAUUACUCAAUCAUCUCAUACAUGAUGAUUUCAAUCGACGUGGCAUCAUGAGUACGAAUCAACAUGUUUUCCAAAUUGAACAACUUAUUGAACAAAAUCUCAUCUUUAAACAUAUUGAUUCAAUUACCAAUGAAAUCACCGAGUACAAACAAGCGUAUGCGAAAUUCAUUCAGGAACGUGAUUCCAAGCCAUCAUUAGAAAAUUUCAUUGAUGAAUUAUGCGAAGACGAACAGCUGUAUCCUCUUUUAAAUUUCUUCAAUGUCACCACAUUUCAUACUUCAAAUCCUUUGGAAAAAUUUAUCACCAAAAUACAAACACUUUCACAUGACGAAAAAGUUUAUCCUGUGACAACGUUUCUCUUGAAACGCUUCAAUGAUUACACCAACAUUCAGCAUCUCUAUCCAAUCAUUGCCUUUAGCAAUUAUCUUAUCGAGAAAUUCAAUUACCGUAUCAAACGAAAUGAUGCUGUUGAGAAGAGAGUUUCGUAUUAUCUUCAAGCCGGUGACGACCAACAAGUGAUUAAGCAACUUUAUGACGCCUUUCUCCAUGCUUGGUAUGCAUUAGAUUUAAAGGAAAUUCGGUAUGGUUGUCAAGCACCAAAAUUUCAGUNUAAAUAUCUAAUUGCAUUAUGUUCAAACUUCUCGAACGACUCGUAUUUUCGUCUACGAGCCAAUAUGGAUUUGAAUGACAUCCACAAACGUUUAAUGGCUCUGAAUAUUGUUGCCGUAUUCAUCUCAUUCCGAUCGCUAUCUGAAAUCACUUUACUAGGUAGCAUUUUAUUUAAUCAGCAGCGACAAAUGCCAACUAGUUAUAUUCAACAUUUGUCGACUGUCUGUUUACCUGGCAUGACUGUUUGUGAUCCGGUGAUAACACAAAUGAUGGAUGUACGCAGUCAAGUUCAAGAUCGUCUUAAACGAGGUGUUAUUUAUCCUGGCGGAAGAUUCCUUUUUCAAUGUUCGAAAGAAUGUCUGUGGAUAUUUAUUUUUCAAAAUUGCGGUGUUCCUAAUGACCGACAUAUUUGUCCUCUAUGCGGAAAAUCCAUUGGUGCUGAACGAUACAACGUUCUUAUUCAACGUGAUCCUCCUCAAAUAAAAAUGCCUAUUGACGAAGGUCUCCAGCUCAUUAAUCAGCAUAUCGAUGAAUACAAUCGAACGACUCGUUUAGGAUAUUACAAUGUCAAAGCUGCCGAAACAAGUCUUAUGGGAGAAAAACCAGAUCAUCUGAAUCGUCCCAUAUCAUUCCGUUUUGUGCAUUUCUUAACGCACGGUCUUCUUCUCUUUCUUCAUGAUGCUAAUUACUUAACUGCAGAUGAUGUACAACAACAUUUAAAAUUACCAUCUCGUACGCAUUUUCGCGAUCAUUUCGAAAAAGAUUACGAGCUACUUGCUCAAUCAUCAAUAGAUAAUCAACAAUGCUACAUUUGGAUAUACAAAUUACUCAAUCAUCUCAUACAUGAUGAUUUCAAUCGACGUGGUAUCAUGAAUACGAAUCAACAUGUUUUCCAAAUUGAACAACUUAUUGAACAAAAUCUCAUCUUUAAACAUAUUGAUUCAAUAACCAAUGAAAUCACCGAGUACAAACAAGCAUAUGCGAAAUUCAUUCAGGAACGUGAUUCCAAGCCAUCAUUAGAAAAUUUCAUUGAUGAAUUAUUCGAAGACGAACAGCAGUAUCCUCUUUUAAAUUUCUUCAACGUCACCACAUUCCAUACUUCAAAUCCUUUGGAAGAAUUUAUCACCAAAAUACAAACACUUCCACAUGGCGAAAAAAUGUAUCCUGUGACAACGUUUCUCUUGAAACGUUUCAAUGAUUACACCAACAUUCAGCAUCUCUAUCCAAUCAUUGCCUUUAGCAAUUAUCUUAUCGAGAAAUUCAAUUACCGUAUCAAACGAAAUGAUGCUGUUGAGAAGAGAGUUUCAUAUUAUCUUCAAGCCGGUGACGACCAACAAGUGAUUAAGCAACUUUAUGACGCCUUUCUCCAUGCUUGGUAUGCAUUAGAUUUAAAGGAAAUUCGGUAUGGUUGUCAAGCACCAAAAUUUCAGUUAACCGUUACCAAAAAGGAAUUUGCUGAAAGCACAAGUCUCGCUACGCUUCUGUUGAACACCUCACGAGACNAUGAUGCUGUUGAGAAGAGAGUUUCGUAUUAUCUUCAAGCCGGUGACGACCAACAAGUGAUUAAGCAACUUUAUGACGCCUUUCUCCAUGCUUGGUAUGCAUUAGAUUUAAAGGAAAUUCGGUAUGGUUGUCAAGCACCAAAAUUUCAGUUAACCGUUACCAAAAAGGAAUUUGCUGAAAGCACAAGUCUCGCUACGCUUCUGUUGAACACCUCACGAGACCAAAGUAGUCUUGUCCUGGCGGCAACGAUCAAAACCCUGGCUGAAUUACAAAACGAAAUUGUCAACUAUUUUCACAACACACUUGAUCAUGCGGUUAAUACGGAAACGAAACGAAAGCAUGUAGCACUUCAAGCAAUUCGACCUGAAAACGUCCUCCGUCUUGAUCGCGGUUAUCUCAGUCAGAAAUUAUUCGAUGAUUGUCUUGUUUUGAAUUAUGAUUACGGCAAAGGUAACGAUUUCAUUUAUGAUUAUGAAGAAAUCGAAAUGACUUUAAGAAACAUGAUUAGCUCAUUAGUAUUAAUCGAUACGGAUAAGUUACGUUUUCUCAAUUAUCAAUUCGAAUUGUACGGUGAAAACACGUCAUUGAUCAAUGAUGUACGUGCUCGUAUCAAACAAUACCAACUGAGCAAUGAAGAACGAACAAAACUGCAGCACCUCGUCGAAGAAAUGAGUCCUGAUGAUACUCUGAAUUACCUUGGCUCAUUAGAUUAUGUUUUUACAUAUUUAAGGAAUAGUAUUACAGAACAUGCUACAGGAACAACAACAAUUCAGACAUUCGUUGAAUAUCAUAUCCAUUCAUAUGCGUGUCUAAACGAGAAUAUCCUUCGUCGACCACCAUUUUCAAUGAUACAACUGCAAUACAUAAUCGACUUGUAUGAAAUGAUUGAAGAAAAUGCAUUCGAUCGAGUUCUGCGUCCUUAUGUGAAAAAAGAACUUGCUGAAGAAACAUUCACAGAUGACGAACGGCAGCGUGUUCUUGAUGUGUUUACUCGUACGACAUUCGAAAAAGAUACGAUUGCUGUGCCAUUAAAAAACAUCGAUAACUGGAUAGCAAUGCUGAAACGAUUGAUGAUUCGUGUGCUCAAUGCAAAUGUUAGCCUUGAAACACCGCUUCAAUUGUAUCUCGAGCGUACGGAUCUUUGGAGCGACCGGGUUAGUGAUGUUGAUCUGGAAACAUUUCAAGUCGAUGANCGUGUUCUUGAUGUGUUUACUCGUACGACAUUCGAAAAAGAUACGAUUGCUGUGCCAUUAAAAAACAUCGAUAACUGGAUAGCAAUGCUGAAACGAUUGAUGAUUCGUGUGCUCAAUGCAAAUGUUAGCCUUGAAACACCGCUUCAAUUGUAUCUCGAGCGUACGGAUCUUUGGAGCGACCGGGUUAGUGAUGUUGAUCUGGAAACAUUUCAAGUCGAUGACGAUAUUUUACUUCAACAUACAUAUGUUAUCCUUGGAGGUUUAGAAAAGAAACAAAAAUCAAAUGGUAAAAUGUCACAACAACAACAAAGACCAUCGCAAAUCCAAACUGUUGAAGCACAAAGACAGAAAGCUCAAACAUGGUACGAAACAACAGCUAAAUCAUCAACAACUCCGAGAGUUCUCGCUGAUAAAAAGAAAGACAAAACCAAACUACGCGUUUAA